AUGGGCUUCCCUGUUUUCCCAAAUUUGGCCCGCGAAGCAGGUUGUGCUUUGUCUUGCCUUGAUAUUACAUCGUCACAGGCUUUUAUCUGGCGGAUGACAGCGCCUCCCAGGACCCUCCAAACCCUCCAGCUGCAUCAUUUCAGUUGCCUUCGGAGGAAGAUGGUCUUUUCCUGGACACGGAGGACGUUCAAUCCAUGUGCACGCGGAGUGAUGCGUCGGAGCACUACUUUGAUUUGGAAGACUUGGAGGUCUGGCCUCUCAACGCAGUUGUGUGAGAAACAAUGGAAACCUGGGCUUGACGUGGGUGACGCUGUUGGCCGCCUUGGCCUUGGCGUUGGACUUGGAAAUAUCAGUGGGCAAAGUCAGAUGGUCCUCGCUAAUCUUUACUUUAGCCUGCGUGGGUUACCAGUGGGCUUGGUGAAGCAGCUUUGCGAGGCAAAACCAUGGGCUGCUGAGGCGGCUGCCCGUUUGAGCAGGGUUGCUGCGAAUACUAUCAGGGCAGUGGUUGCCAAGUUGCGUGCCCGAAGCUGGGCUGUUGUUGAAUGUAGCACCAGCCAACAACGAAACCCAACCCGGAUCAUGAACCACUUGGUUGAAGAAGUCAUCUCUCAUGCCUAUUAG